AUGCGCUGUCAAACUUGCCUCUCGCUGCUGCUGCUGCUGCUGCUGCUUGGACUGGUCCAGGCUCAGGAGGACUCUGAGGAGGAAGCUGUGGAGACGAGCCCAAUUGAUGACAUUACGUCAGAGCAGUGUGACAAGAAGCGCAAAGGCUGCUGCUCCGAAAUGUAUCUGGGCGAUGAGGAGACGCUGAUGAAGUGCUUUUCCAUACACUCCGAUCGACUGCCAGCCGAUGGUGACAUGGAUAUGGCCAAGUCGCUCAAGUUUCUAUCGUGCUUUGUCGAGUGCUUGUACAAGCAGCGCAAGUAUAUAGGCAAGAGCGAUACGAUCAAUAUGAAGAUGGUGAAGCUCGACGCGGAGACUCUCUACGCGGAUCGGCCCAAGGAGCAGGCGUAUCAUAUCAAGAUGUUUGACUACUGUCGCAAGGAUGCUAUGAAUGUGUACGGGCUGCUGAAGGCCAGUCCGGGCGCCAAGGCCAUGCUGAAGAACGCCUGUCGACCCUUCCUGCUGAUGGUGUACAUAUGUCAGACGGAGUAUCACAAGAAGCACGAGUGCCCCUACUUUCGGUGGGAGGGCACCGAGAAGGCGGAGACCAAACAGCCGUGUCGAGAUGCGAAGGCCAAGUGCUACGAGCUGGACGGGAUUACAGCGCCCCAAGAGCAUUAG